AUGGGUGUUUGCUGUUAGAAAAACAAAAAAAGUGAAUUCACAUAAUAUUAACAUAUGGAAGAGGAUAUUUGGAAAUCAAAAGCUAUUUUCCCUGACCAAUAUCUCAAAGUGCUAGAAUAAAGAUAUUAUGCAUUGUAGCCUGAAUAUGGUCUAAAUUUGGAAAAGUUAAGUCGGUUGAUACCGAAUAUUAAAUCAAAGCAUCUUUUAAACAGGCUGUUAAAAUAUUUUAAUAUGAAAAUGGAGGAUCAGAUUGAUUUUAAUGGAAUCUGCCUACUAAUAAGUAAAUUCUUAAAUGCAGGAUAAACGGGAAAAAUAGAAAUAUUGUUUCAAUUAUAUGACUUAGAUAAUGAUUAAAUGCUGGAUUCAAAGGAAUUUAAUUUAUUUAUUUAAGAGAAUGAUAAUUUAUUAGAUCAAAGUACAAGAAGAAAUUAAAAUUUUACGAGAUCCAAAUUCAAAACUUGGGCUGAAGGUAAUCUCAAACUAGAUAAGACAAUGUCAUUUAAAAUAUUUUUAAGGCCAGAUUAGGAAAAAUAAAUGAUAGAAUAGUUAAAGGAUCAAAUAAAAAAUGAUAAAGUUUAUAUAAUAAGCUCUAAAUGGUGGGAUAACUGGAAGUAAUAUGUAAAUAUGGCAACUGCUAACCCUGGGUAAUAAAUAGAUGAUGUCACGCAAAAACCUUAACAGGAAUUUAUAGAAAUCAGUUCUUAAUUAUGGUUAGCUAGACCAGGACCAAUUGAUAACAGAGACAUAGCAGGGGAAUAUGAAGGAGAAUUGAAGCUUCAGGCAAAACAAAAGUGUGAUUUUUAAGAAGUAGGAGAAGAUGCUUGGAAGGAGUUAUUGAGCUGGUAUGGAAUCACAGAUAAAAGACUUGAAUUUAAGAGAAGGGGAAAAUUUGAUAAAGAUGGCUUUAAGAUAGAAGUUCAUCCAACUAUUAUAUAAGCUUUUGAAACAGAUGCGAAUGGAAUUGUAUAGUAUAAAAAAUGGUUUAAACUUAAAAUGUCUGAAGAUUCAACAAUGCAUGAUGUCAGAAGAAAACUAUUUUAGAAAUUUCAAAUUAAAACCAUAAAUGGUUCAGAAUAUCUGUUAUAUAAGAUGAAAAUUAAUGAAGAUUGGGAGUUGAUUUUAGAUUUAGAUGAUAACAUUUCAAGUCUAAAUAUUACAUCUGGAACGUACUUCACAUUAACUAAACUUAAAUAAAAGCCCAAAUCCAAAGUAGGUAAUUGGUAAUUAGGUUAAAAAAGUUUAAUUGAAGAUCCUUCUCAAAGAGUUGAAAAAAUGUGUUUAGCGUAAAGAUUUACUGAAGAUCUUAAAUAUGUUAUUUUGCAUAUUGAAGGAUAGAGUUUUUUCGAUGAUUUUUAAUUAGAAAUAAAAGAAAAUCAUGGGGCCUAAUUUAACUCUUACAUAUAAGGAAGAUCUUAUAAUAUUAAAUAUCCUGGUUUAUAAAACCUUGGCAACACUUGUUAUAUGAAUGCAGCCUUACAAUGUUUAAUAAACACUAAAUAUUUUUUUAAUUUUCUUUUUAAUGAAGGCUACAAGAAUAAAGUUAAAGUUAACAAUUCUUUGGUACAACAUCUAAGUUCUCUAGCAAAAGAAAUGACUCAAACAGCUGAAUUAUCAAUAUCACCCUCAGUUUUUUAAAAUGCUUUAGUUAGGAUUUGCCCCAGAUUUAAGAUGUAUGAAGCCUAAGAUGCAGACGAAUUCUUAGAUUAUUUAUUAACUCAGAUUUCCGAUGAAUUAAAAGGGUAUGACACAUAAUAGGAUACAGUCAUUGAGACCCUUUUUCAAGGAGAUUACUUAACUUAAAAACAAUGCUCGAGUUGUCAAUAUGAGAUGAACGAACCAGAAAAGAAUAAAAUAUUUCGUUUAAAAAUUUAAGAAGAAGCUGGUGUUUUUAAAUUAAGGCUAUUAAUCUUUAUGAAAUUAAAAUUUAUUUAUGAUCGCGAUGAAUAAUUUGUUGUAAAUCAAAAAGACUUACUGAAGAAAACGAUUAUCCUAACAAAAAAUGAUGGCUCUUUUACUAUGAGAGAUCUAUAUGAAAAGAUAAAUUCAAUUUUAGGUCUUGCUUAAAAUGAAUAUGAAUUUGCUAGAAGUUAUAAGAAGGAAUUUAUAAAAAUUUUUAUCAAUAUUGAUGAAAAUCAAGAAUUAACUAAAUUGGGUAUUAACCAAAAUAAGACUCUAAAUUUAUAUUAAUUGGGAAGUAUACAUUAAGCAGAAAGAGAAUUUGAAACAAUUUCCUAAAUGUUUAAUUAUCCAUCUCAAGAUUUCAAGUUAAAUGACCUAAUCAAUUUUUUGGAUCCUAAUAAUUAAUGGAAACAAGGUAAAAUAGUCUAAGUAAUCCAAUCGAAUCCGAUUAAAUAUAAAAUACUAUAUCGUUUACAAUAACAAAAUAACAACUAAAAACAAUUUGAAUAUAUUAUGGACAAAUAAAAAAUUGUAAAAUUUAGAGAGAAAAUUAAACAUCACACCCAUGAGAAAGUCCCACUUUUACAUUAUUAUUUCAAUACAUUUAAGAAGCAAUAUAAUUUAACAUUAAAGCCAAUCAUCCUUUUGCUACCGAUUUAAUCGCUGUCUCUUUUGGAACUAAAAGUCUACAUUUACAAAUAAGUUUCAAGAUUUAUUAACAUUACUCAUUUCAACGUUCAAUCUCCUUUCAAAUCAUCGAAUGUAUCCUAAUAGGAAAUUUGUAAUUUCUUUUCAAAUCCAUCAUUCCCAUAUAAAAUUCGAGUAUUAGAUUAGAAUAGGAAAUGCUUAUUUUGUGAGAACAUACGGCCACAUAACAAUAUUACGUAAUCUCAUUGUAUGGGAUGUGAAGAAGAUCCGAUAUUAUUAAAUUUCGAUCAAUUUACAAAGCCAAGUAUAAUUUUGGAGUGGAAGGAAAUAAAAUUUGCCAAAAUAUUAGAGAAAAGAAAAGAUGAAUUAGAAGAGAGAAGUCUAAUUCAUCUUAGGCUUUAGAAGUGUCUAGAAAAAUCAGCAGAGGAUACAUUUAUAACAUAAGAAUGCUUUUCAUGCAGGUAAAACACUCAAAUUAGAAACAAUUCUUAUCUAAAUAAACCCCCGAUAAUGUUGAUUAUUAAUUUGCAAAAAUACAAAAGUAAUGGAGAAUAAAUUGAAAGAUAUAUUGAUUUUCCUUUAAAUUCUCUUGACAUAAAGGAUUGUCGAAGAUCAAAACAGCCUGUAUUGUAUGACCUUUAUGCUGUAAUUAACAAUAAAAGAGGAAGGGAUAUCACACAUUAUACCGCGUAUGUAAAAAAAAAGGAUGAAUGGUAUGAAUUUGAUGAUUCCAAUGUUCAGAAGGUAAGAGAGGUUUAAACAAAGAACGCAUAUCUCUUAUUCUAUACUAUACAAGAAAUUCCAGAGGACAGUGAUAUCAGUUUGCUAAAUUUUAAAUGA